GGCAAAGUCGCAAAGUGAGGAGUGAGACCGAUGAAGUCUGAUACUGAUUUCAAUUCACCACCGGAAGGGCAGAAAACGGAGGAACUAGGGAAGCUCUGAAAAUGGCAGCGGCAACCAACUUAGCAGCAUCCAAAGUUGCGGUGGCCCGGCCGGUGACUUUCGUUACCGGCAACGCCAAGAAGCUGGAGGAAGUGCGCGCCAUUCUCGGCCAAUCGAUUCCAUUUCAGUCCCUCAAGCUCGACCUUCCGGAGCUGCAAGGCGAGCCCGAAGAUAUCUCCAAGGAGAAAGCUCGUUUGGCUGCCAUUGAGGUGAAAGGACCCGUGUUGGUGGAGGACACUUGUCUUUGCUUCAAUGCUCUCAAAGGUCUCCCUGGUACAAGCUCGAUUCCUUCGCAUUUUCGAUCAUUCCUAGUGAAUUGUGAUGGUUUGUUUGGUUAUUUGAUUGGCCGUAUUCCGUUCUUGCAGGGCCGUACAUGUAACAAGUGGUUUCUGCAGAAGAUCGGUCAUGAAGGACUGAAUAACCUGUUGAUGGCGUAUGAGGAUAAGUCGGCAUACGCUUUAUGUGCAUUCUCUUUUGCUCUCGGACCAGAUGUGGAACCUGUAACAUUUGUUGGGAAAACCCCGGGAAAGAUUGUUCCUGCAAGGGGACCAAACGAUUUUGGAUGGGAUCCAAUAUUCCAACCUGAUGGCUUUGAGCAAACAUAUGCAGAGAUGGAUAAGGAAGAGAAGAAUAAGAUAUCUCACCGCUACAGAGCUCUUGCGAUGGUGCAAGACCACUUUGCUGAAGCUGGCUAUGUUUUUGAGACCGAUGCCUCAACAAAGAGAAAGAGGGAGGGGGAGGAUGGCACGAAGAAUGGAGAUGAGAAUGGAGCGAACUGAAAUCCUAUGAAGGAAGGAGAGGGGAAACAGAAAGGUGCGUGUUAGUUAGUUAGGGGUCUUUUCUGGCACCAAAGGGUAGAGCGAAAUGAAAGCAAAGAGCUUGACUUUCUGCUUCACUGAGGGACGGAGAGAUAUGAUAACUUGGGAGGUGAUUAAGUCGGCUGGUUUGAACGAAGGUACUACAUAUAUAUGGGAAGUUAUGAGGGAUAAUGGUAUGAGCUAAUCAACGAGAUUUCCUGCUGCUGCUACUUGUUACUGAUGCUAAAUAGUAAUAGGGCACAUUUCACAUCACUAUUAUUGUGUAUACUCUAGUGAACUAGAAGCAGCAAAGUCCGGUACGAUCGUACCGUUGCACACGCUUAUCUUUUUUUUUUUUCUUCUUUUUUAUGGUUCACACUCCUAUCUUUAUAGUGGCAUUUUGGAUCUAUGCAUUGCAGAGCACCUGUAGCUUGUGAAUUGUGAUGCCCUCAUAGUUGCAAUUUGCAAGCAACCAUUAGCUAUCCAUGUGGUUGUCAAAGGUGAUUUGGAGGUCGUGACUCGUGAUUGAAUGUUUAGGAAACUCUAUCAUAUUGGUCGGUCCGACUGGAAAUACCGGAUGCCGGACCCAAAAAGGUAAGCUGUUUUCGCGGUACGAAAUGCUUGAACCAUGGUUAAAUCACGGUUUACUACAAACUAUUCUAUCAUUGACUUCUCAUUUUUCCUGUAUAACCCCUGGUAUGGUUUCACAAACCUUAGUGAUUCAUCAACUCCAGCAAGGUGUAUGCCACAUUUCCAUCGAUGGUCCAUUUUGGCGCAGGUGGCAAGAGUUGGCUUCUUCUCUUGUAGAUUACAUAAUUUUUAGGAUAUUUCAUUGAGUUAUAACUUGAAUUGUCCAUAUAAUGACGCGUACACUCCUGACUAUGCCUCUUUUAAAGGUAUUAUCUAAUGGCAGUGAAGUUAGCCAUCGGCGACGCUAAGAGUAGCGUCCAAUGAUGAAAGACAUAUUAGGACUAAUGACUAGAUCAAUAUUGCAUUCGGUUAUGUUUGGUCUAGUCCAAAUGUUUAUUU